CAUUUUCGUUGCGCCGCCUUCCCUCCCAAAAACCAUCACGAACCCCUACCGAGGCACGGCCAUGCCAUUGCCAUGCACGAGGCAAUCGCUCAAGCACCUUCCACGCACCCGGCGCUGCGACACUGCGUCGCGCUCCUCCGCCUCCACCUGACGUCUCCCUCCGUCGCUGCCGCCAAGCAGAUCCACGCGCGCGCGCUCCGUGUGGCUGGCGUGCCCCUCUCCCACCCUCUCCUCGCCAAGCACAUCCUCUUCCAACUCGCUUCCCUCCGGGCCGGCGCUCCCCCGCUCCUCUACGCCGUCACCGUCCUCUCCCGCCUCCUCCCCGACCCGGACCCUUUCUCCCUCAACACCGUCCUCCGCAUCGCCGCGUCCUCGGCGCGCCCGCGCCUCGCGCUCGCGCUCCACCGCCGCCGCCUCGCGCCGCCCGACACGCACACCUACCCGCCGCUCCUCCAGGCCUGCACACGCCUCCUCGCCCUUCGCGAAGGCGAGAGCCUCCACGCUGAGGCCGCUAAGAAUGGCCUUGUGGCGCUCGUCUUCGUCAAGAACUCGCUCGUCCAUCACUAUGGCGCGUGCGGCCUCUUUGAGAGCGCCCACAGGGUGUUCGACGAAAUACCGGUGCUGGAGCGGAACCUCGUCUCCUGGAACUCCGUCAUGAACGGGUUCGCGGCCAAUGGGAGGCCCAACGAGGUACUGACAAUCUUCCGGGAGACGUUGGAGGUGGACCUCAUGCCGGAUGGAUUCACCAUGGUGAGUGUUUUAAAUGCGUGUGCGGAGAUCGGGGCGCUCGCUCUCGGGAGGAGGGUGCAUGUGUUUGCGUCCAAGGUUGGGUUAGUAGGGAACAGACAUGUUGGGAACGCGCUGAUUGAUCUGUAUGCCAAGUGCGGCGGAGUUGAGGACGCAAGGAAGGUGUUUGAGGAGAUGGGGGUGGGAAGGACCGUGGUCUCAUGGACAUCACUGAUCGUGGGUUUGGCAGGGAAUGGGUUUGGGAAGGAUGCACUUGAGCUGUUCGGUCUGAUGGAGGGGAUGAAGCUUAUCCCUACUGAUAUCACUAUGGUAGGAGUGUUGUAUGCUUGUAGCCACUGCGGGUGGGUCGAUGAUGGGUUUCGAUAUUUCAAUGAGAUGAAGGACAAGUACGGCAUAGCACCAAAGAUUGAACAUCUUGGAUGUAUGGUGGAUCUGCUGGGGAGAGCUGGAAGAGUUGAGGAAGCACACGAUUAUAUCAACACGAUGCCACUGGAGCCCAACGCUGUUGUGUGGCGGACAUUGCUAGGUGCUUGUGCUAUGCACAAGAAGCUGGAACUUGGGGAGGCUGCUUGGGCACGGCUGGUUGAGCUUGACCCUGGGCACAGCGGCGACUAUGUCCUCCUCUCAAAUCUGUAUGCUGCUGUUGGGAGGUGGGCAGAUGUCCAAAUCCUUAGGAAGACAAUGGUCACGCAUGGAGUGAGGAAAAACCCAGGGCAUAGCCUUGUGGAGAUCCGCAACUCCGUGUUUGAGUUUGUUAUGGGCGAUAGAUCACAUCCUGAGAGUGAUCAGAUAUACCUAAUGCUUGCCGAGAUAGCCGAGAGAUUGAGGCGCCAAGGUUACGUCCCCCGCACAAGCAAUGUAUUGGCAGAUAUAGAGGAGGAAGAGAAAGAGGCUGCUUUAAACUACCAUAGCGAGAGGCUGGCCAUUGCCUUUGCCUUGCUGAAGUGUCUUCCUGGUACUCCUAUCAGGAUAGUGAAGAACUUGAGAGUGUGUGGAGACUGCCAUUUGGUAAUUAAGCUAAUAUCUAAGGUAUAUGACCGUGAAAUCAUUGUUAGGGAUCGCAGUAGGUUCCACCAUUUCAAAGGGGGAGAAUGUUCAUGUAAAGAUUAUUGGUAGUUGAUUCAUGUAUUGACUGAGAGUGGUGAAUGCAAUGUUUAUGAGGUUCCAUGCCUAUAAUCAGGGGAAUGGUGGCGACUUAUGGUUGCAGAACAGUUCUGUAGAACUUCAUUUGUCGACACCUCAUGUUUUGACUCAACCACAGCAUCUGGUUUCUGUUGCACAGGACUACUGCAGUGAAAGCAUUGGGGCAACCUCAUCUAUUGCAGGUCGCUGCAAUCUCAGUCUUGGUCUAACUCACUAAAUGUGUAGUGGAAAAACUAAGCUUCAGGACAUGGCACAUCAGAAAGCAAGGUUGAAGCUGGAUACUGCUAGCACCAUUCUAUUGGAAAUAUUGUGACGAAAAUUUCUGAGUCCUGCUUGCACAACAAGUUCUGUAGAAGCUCAGAUGUCGACACAUGUGUUGAUUCAGCCACAGUAUCCAAUUUCUGAAAGGAGGUGUGAGGGUAACCUCAUCUAUUAUUCUCAUAUCUAGUCCCAACUUACAAAAUGUGGAAGUGGGAAACAAAAGCAACCAGAGAUACAGCAGAAAGCAGGUUUAGAGCUGAUACUGCUAGUAUAUACUACAAUGGACCCCGUUAGCUGGCGAACGUUCGCCAGGAGGGGGGGCAUUUGCGAACGUUUCGAUGGCAGUUUUAGUUGUGUGUGGGGUGGCAGUUUCUUCAGAACAGCAUGGCAUUUUUUGGGAUGAAGGCUCAAAACUGCCAUCCUCCCAGAAAACGCCAUGCUGUUCUGAAGAAACUGCAUCCCUGACACAAUUAAAACUGCCAGAAAAAACAUUCGAAAUGCCACCCUCUCCCAGCAAACGUCAGCCAGAUAAGAUAUCCGUACUACAAUUCUAAUGCCGGACCUCUUGCCCUAUCUUAUUUCAGAAAUUGCUACUCUAAAAUAGUCUGCAUUGUCAAAGAAUCUACCAGCUUCCAGCGGUGUUUUAACUGCUUGGCUGCCCUGCUUUAUCGAUGUAUUCUAGAGAAAAAAAUACAAGCAAGAAAAGUACAACGA